UUCUCCAUCAACACACGGCCGCAGGAGGAUUUCCCACUCGUUUUCAGGGGGAAUAAAGAGAGAAGUGGGUCGGUUUGUUCAGCUUCGCUCUGAGCUGAUUUUCUCCUUUUUUUGUCUGAGAAGAAGCGCGAUAAUGCGACUUUGAAAAGUGAUUUGAGACCGUCAUUCAUCUGGGCAGUCGGUGAGGACUCAAUUAAGGAUUUUCUCACGCGUUGCGUUGGCGAAAGCGGUUCUUUGAGAUGUGCGGUGGGGAAGAUGACGGUGACAUAGCCUGCUUAGUGAGACAGACUUUCCGAUAAACGGGAUCCCGUUUCGGGGCUUUUCUCUAAUCAAACUCAUCCUCAUGAAGACUUUGUGACCCCGGCUGACACUUAGUAGCAGGGAGUUGUUGGCUACGAGAGACGUGAGCGCCGGUGCGCCUCCACUGCCGCCGGGAUGGUGUGCCUGCUGAACUGCCUGCUGCUGGGGUAUCUGACCUGGAAUCUGCGGAUAUCAGAUGCACAAGGGGAGUACUGCCAUGGGUGGCUGGACACUAAUGGGAAUUACCAUGAGGGCUUUCAGUGUCCAGAGGACUUUGACACCAUGGACGCCACGGUGUGCUGUGGCUCCUGCUCCCUGCGGUACUGCUGUGCGGCUGCGGACGCACGACUGGACCAGGGGAGCUGCACCAACGACAGGGAGCUGGACAACACCGAGUUUGCAGCGCAGCCCGUCUAUGUGCCCUUCCUGAUGGUGGGCAGUAUCUUCGUUGCCUUCGUGGUGGUCGGCUCCCUGGUGGCUGUCUACUGCUGCACCUGCCUGCGGCCCAAGCAGCCGACCCAGCAGCCCAUCCGCUUCUCCCUCCGCAGCUGCCAAGGCGAGACCAUUCCCAUGAUCCUCACCACUGCGCCCCCGAGCCUGCGCACCCCCUCGCGCCAGUCCAGCACCGCCACCACCAGCUCCAGCUCGGCAGGAGGCGGCAGCUCGGUGAGGAGGUUCUCCCUCGGCGGCCAGGGCCAGGCGCAGCAGCACCAGCACGGGUGCCUGGUGUCUGCCACCGUGUCCUCAUCAGCCUCCACCCCAACCCACACCCCUCAGACUCUGCCUCCACCCCCGCCUCCCCCUUACACGUCUCCGGCAGCAUCCAUGCCAGGAGGAAUCCAGCACCCGCACCCUCUUCCCACCAGCCACAACCACAGCCACAGCCACAGCCACAGCCACAGCCAGCUGCAGCUCCACCAGCCCUCCAUGCACUCGCACCCGUCCCAGAGUGCCGGGUUCCUCCUGCCCCAGCAGUACUUCUUCCCCCUGCAGCCUGAAGCCUUCGCAGGGGCCAAAGGCUUUGCCGACUUUGGGCAGAGCUGACAGCGCUCUCAGCAGGGGAGAAAAGGGGGAUUAUAGGAUUUUGUGAUGGGAUAUGAGUCAGUGUGGCACUGUGGGCAAACACACUGCAACACAGCUGCCAGUACUGGGAAGGGACACCUAUACCGGCUGAAUGGAGGCAGCAGCAGCAGCAGAACAGGAGAUAAAGCAUGAAUGUUGAGCAAUGUGCCAAUGGGGUUUUUCCCACUGCAUUACAUGGACAUGUCAGAUCUCAACAGACUUGUGCGAGGCAAUAACAGUUUUGAAUUUUAUGCACUUUUUAUAUUCAAUAUGGUAAACAAAGUUGUGUGUCCUCCCUUUAUUUUUUUACAUGCCUUUCUCCAGGUGGCAGCUCACAGUUUUGGCUUGCAUUUUGCCAAUAUUAUUACUGAAAAUGUAAGUGCUUCCCAUUUUUCUGAAAGAACAGUACAGGCCAGCGGGGAAGUUUUCUCUGACACUGUGCGGAGUAUUUUAAGACAUUCGAAAGCGCGGGAUUAAAAUGUUUAUUUCGACAAUCGCAAGCACCUCUUAAAGAGAGGGGGAACUGGUACACAAAGGAAAUUGUAUUUGUGGAGGUACAUGACUACUUCUGCAAAAUAUUAUACAGGCUGACCAAGGCAGUAUACCC